AUGGCCAAGCAUUUAGCUCUCGCCUUUUCUCUUUGCUUGCUUGUUCUCUUCCAAGGCAGCUUAGCCAGUCGUCAGUCGAGCCAGCGAAAUGAGUGCAUGCUGAACAGAAUCCAGGCCCGCGAGCCUGACAAUCGUAUUGAGACUGAAGCGGGUAGGAUUGAGUCAUGGGAUCACAACCAGGACGACUUCCAGUGCGCAGGUGUUGCUGUUCAAAGAAUCACACUUGAGCGUAAUGGCCUUCACUUGCCUUCUUACACCAACACUCCCAGGCUUCUUUACGUGGUACAAGGUAGGGGUCAUCUGGGGAUGGUAUUCCCUGGCUGUCCGGAGACAUUUGAGGAGUCUGAGCAAUCUAUAGAAGAACAACAGCAGCAACAAUAUCAAGGCCAACAAGGCAGAGGUCACCGCCAACAGGGACGCCGAGAAGGACAAUUCGGACCGCAAGGCCAACAAGAGUUUGAACAGCUAGACCGACACCAGAGGGUGCAACGCAUCAAGCAAGGUGAUGUUAUCGCAGUCCCCACCGGAGCCACAACCUGGUCUCACAAUGAUGGUGACCAAUCUCUUGUUUUUGUUACUCUUUUGGACGUCAGCAACAGCCACAACCAGCUUGACCAAAACCCAAGGCGAUUCUAUCUUGCCGGUAACCCACAAGAUGAGUUCAACCUACAAGGCCAAAGCCAAUGGAGACAACAAAGACAACAAGGACAGCAAGGCCAAAGCCGAUGGGGACAGCAAGGCCGCGGAAAACAAGGAAGGACGCAGGGAAACAGCAACAUCUUUGCCGGCUUUGAGACCCAGCUCCUCGCUGAUGCUCUCAACAUUGGCCAACAGACUGUCCAGCAGCUCCAGGGACAGAACGAUAACAGGCCACAAAUUGUUAGGGUUGAGGGACGUUUUGACUUUGUCGAGCCACCACAGUCACAGAGGGAGGAAAGACAACUGCAAGGACAACAGGGCCAGAAUGGCUUUGAGGAGGUAUUCUGCCACAUGAAGAUCAAGCAGAACAUUGGCAAGCCUUCCCUGGCUGACGUCUUCAGCCCACAAGCUGGUCGCAUCAGCACUCUCAACAGCUUCGGCAUGCCUAUUCUCAAGUUCCUUCGCCUCAGUGCUGAGAGAGGCUUCUUGUACAACAAUGCUAUCCACAGCCCCCACUGGAACUUGAACGCCCAUGAGAUCAUCUAUGUCAUCAGGGGCACCGCUAGGGUUCAGGUGGUGAACGACAACGGCCAGACUAUCUUGGACGACCAGGUCCGCGAGGGACAGCUCUUCAUCGUACCACAAAACCACGCCGUGUUGCAAAAGGCCAUGUCCAACGGGUACGAGUACAUUGCCUUCAAGACCAAUGACAAUGCCAUGGUCAACACCUUGGCUGGCAGGACCUCCGUCCUUCGGGCACUUCCCGACGUUGUCCUCGCCAACGCUUAUCAGAUGGACCGUCAGCAGGCAAGGAACCUCAAGUACAACAGGCAGGAGACUCUUGCUUUGAGCUCAUCAAGGUCCUUCCAGUCCGGGAGGCAGUGGUGGGAGUAA